ACUGCCUGCUGGAAGCUGCUGAAAAAUGUCGUGAGGGGCCCCGGCGCUUUACGGCUGCCUCUUCCAGAAGAGAGCCGGGGAGCGCCCAGCGCCGUCAGCCUAGUCUUCUAAGAUAGUCGGCCCAGCGGGCAGUGAGGGACCCAGGGUGCUGCUGCCCUCCCCGCCGCGCCCGUUUCCGUCACCGGCGAUGUGAGUUCGAGGAGGCUGCGGUACCCCUGGCCCGGGGUUGAGACGGGCCGCAGGUGUCUGUGAGGCGGGCGGGUGCCGGGGGCCAGCAGGAUGGAGGAGAGCAUGGAAGAGGAGGAGGGGGGCAGCUACGAGGCGAUGAUGGACGAUCAGAACCACAACAACUGGGAGGCCGCCGUGGACGGCUUCCGGCAGCCUCCGCCACCCCCGCCGCCCCCCUCGUCGAUUCCAGCCUCUGUCCGAGAGCCUCCGGGGGGGCAGCUACUGACGGUGCCCGUGGUCUCCGUGGACAGGAAGGGCCCCAAGGAGGGGCUGUCGAUGGGACUGUCGCCACCGCCGGAGGCCAAUGGGGUGAUCAUGAUGUUGAAGAGCUGCGACGCGGCCGCUGCCGUGGCCAAGGCGGUCCCCACCCCCACCCCCAGCUCCACCAUCAACAUCAACACCUCCACCUCCAAGUUCUUAAUGAAUGUUAUAACUAUUGAAGAUUAUAAGAGCACAUACUGGCCAAAAUUAGAUGGUGCCAUAGAUCAACUUUUAACCCAGAGUCCUGGUGACUAUAUCCCCAUAUCCUAUGAACAGAUAUACAGUUGCGUGUAUAAAUGUGUAUGCCAGCAGCACUCGGAACAGAUGUAUAGUGAUCUGAUUAAAAAGAUAACUAAUCACUUAGAGAGAGUCUCAAAGGAGCUGCAGGCCAGCCCUCCAGAUCUCUAUAUUGAAAGAUUUAAUAUAGCUCUUGGACAAUACAUGGGAGCAUUACAGAGCAUUGUGCCUCUUUUCAUAUAUAUGAAUAAAUUUUACAUUGAAACCAAGCUUAACAGAGACUUAAAAGAUGACCUUAUAAAGCUGUUUACGGAACAUGUUGCAGAAAAGCACAUUUACAACCUAAUGCCUUUACUUUUAGAAGCCCAGUCAACACCAUUUCAGGUCACACCUUCGACUAUGGCAAAUAUUGUGAAAGGCCUGUAUACUCUCAGACCAGAGUGGGUUCAGAUGGCUCCAACUCUGUUCUCUAAAUUUAUUCCAAACAUUCUCCCUCCGGCGGUAGAAUCUGAACUUUCUGAAUAUGCUGCUCAAGAUCAGAAACUUCAAAGAGAACUUAUACAGAAUGGUUUUACAAGAGGUGACCAGUCCCGGAAGAGAGCUGGGGAUGAGUUGGCUUAUAACAGCUCAUCAGCAUGUGCAAGUUCCAGAGGGUACAGAUAGUGAAUGUAUUGAAUGUACUUUUAUUCCUGAAAAGAGGACACACUGGAGCUGCAGAGACUGUAUUCGGAGCACAGCGGGGUCCGUAGGCACUGGGAACUCUGUCACAAAACUGUUCUUGGAAGAGGAUGUUGGACUUCUUACUUUGGUUUGUAAUUUUGAAAAACAAAACUAACAAACAAAAACAAAACAGUCCAUUGCUGCUAGACUUGAGGAUGAUAUUGAAAUGGGACAAUCUUUUAAUGAGUUUAUCUACAGAUUCCAUGAGGAACAAGCAUCUUGAAAAGUGACCGUUGCUAAGUAAAAACCGGCAGCCAAAAUCAGCAGCUUCCUCCAAAAAUAUAAGAGCAGAAGAAUCUUUUUUCCUAAAGCACUUGUUUUCUUCAUUUGCAUAGUUGGCACUUCAGUGUAUUGGUUUCACAUCAAGAUAUCUUUGCUUUAAAAACAGAUCAUUAGAAUACAGUAUUUUUCACCCUUAACCAAAAUAACUCCUUUUAAAAGAGUUGGUCUUUGUUUAGCAUUAGAAAGUCUUAUUAAAGGAAAAUGCUAACUCUGCUUUUGCUGUAACUUUUCCCCCCAUUAGUUCAUAACUUUUUCUACUCUGUGCCUUGAGCCUGUGCACUUUGCAACUGUAUGACCAUGCUGUUAAACUCACAGAUACUUCCUGAAGAUGUUCAUGGUGUCACAAAAUAACCCACUGAGAGAUGUCAGGUAUGACUUCGUAGCAGGAUGCUAAUUAAGUGGGAAAAUAGAAACAUGCUGCACAUUGGUCAGUUUCUCCCCUGCUCCACUAUAAGCAUAUUCCUGUAAAUGUUGGGGACCAACUCUUGUGGAACAUUUCCAUUCUCUCCAUCACUUAACAUGAUUUCACCAGCUGCUGUAACAUUGGCAGUAUGCUGAUUUAAGGGUGAGAGGUACUUUAACACUAAAGCUCCCUUUUAAUACUGUUGAGAAUUAUCCAACAGAAGAGCUGCUUCCUGUGAUGCUCUAGGAAGCAGAUAUGGUAUUAAAUCCAAAUAUAAUCAGUGGUGUAGGAUUCUAAUCCAUUUCAUUUUUAAUGGGUGGGAUAAGUACUUUAAAAAAAAAAACCUCUGCAUCUUUUAAACAUCAUGUUCUUGAGUAAUGGGGAAGAAGUCACACU